AAUGCCAGGAAUCCAGGGGGACAUUUUUUAACCCUGAUGCCAUGUGCGUCUUUCCUUCCCCUUCCUUGUCCCAGCUCCCUGUCUGUCUCACAGGUCCCCUCCCCACCAAUCAGCCCUCUUUAACAUGACAAAACACGGCUGAUGGAGGAUAUUGUACUUCAGAGAAAGGAACUGAUUGCUAUAAAGGGGACUCCCCCGACAGCUCAGCCUCUGAGCAAGGUGUAGUGUCUAGGGAGCUAGCAAAGGAGCCACUUUUUCUUCAUACCAACUUUUCCUUCAUACCAACCCAUGUUUGCUCACUUGGCUAUGCCCUCUUACCAGUCGUACCCAAGUGGGGCUGGUGCAAGCUACAGGGAGUUUUACUGGAACUCUGCAGGGGAGGCAGAACGAGACCCGUGCCCAGGAGGUGCAGCAACACCAGCUGGUAAUGUCCAGUUUCCAGAGCCAGAGGAGAAGAAUGAGAACCCAGAUCUCUCCCCUGCCUCCUCCGGCUCUGGGAACUUCAGCCAGCUCGCACCAGACUCCGCCACCAGCCCCCAUGCAGGAUCCCCUUCCCCACAACCUACUCCCAAGUCCCAGAAGGGUGGGGAGAAAAGUACGGGAGAGGUGAAAAAGGCCAAGAGCCGUACGGCCUUCUCCAAGGAGCAGCUGCAGACCCUGCACCAGCGCUUUCAGAGCCAGAAGUACCUCAGCCCCCAGCAGAUUCGGGAGCUGGCUGCUACACUAGCGCUCACUUACAAGCAGGUGAAAACCUGGUUCCAGAACCGAAGGAUGAAGCUGAAGAGAUGUCAGAAGCAUGGCCUGUGGGCAGAGCGAGCUCAGAGUCUCAUGCAGAACGGGUUCCACUCCAAUGGCUACCUGGAAGUGCACCCCAAAUUCCAUCAGGGCUACCCAGUCAGCACGGCUGGAAACAUCCAAGCGAUGGGCACUUCACGUCAGAACUAUGGGCCCAGCCAGAAUUCAUAUGCAUUUGUAGCCAGCGAUGACGGGGGAGUCUUCAGCAAAGCUGGGGGCGCCUGCAGUGUCCAACAGACAGUGGGGUUCAUUGCCCAGCACAAAGUAGACUUUUAUCAUGGCUUCCCUGGAACUGUGGAAUACACUGGCACAAAGACAGGAGAUGGCUAUAGCUUCCACCAUGCCUCUGCUGCUGUGACUUCCUUCCCAGGCACCUCUGGGCACCAUCUAUAUCAUACCUAAAUGGGACGGAUGCAGAAGAUCUAAGCAACCAUGACUUAGCUUCCUUUUCUCUUCCUUUCUUUGUACCUCUUGUGCUCUCUCUGUGUGGCAGUAGCUCUACAGCUGUGUAUCUUUCUUACAACCAGACACUCUCGCUUAUGCCCAUGUACAGGCUCCCACACGUUCAUUUACAAAAAACAGUGUGCAUCUACCCAUAACCAUCUGCAAACUUGCAUGUAUUUCCUGUGCAGCAAGUUGAGAGGUUUACUUAAAAGACACAGCCCAGCUCAACCAGAAGUGGUGGGUUUGAUGCAGGAAUUGUUGGGCAGUUAUAUAAUUUUCCCUUCUUGUUCUUGGUUUUCUGCGUCUCGGUGAUGAAGCCAAGGGAUCCAAGACGCUUCUAAUAUGGCAAACAAAAUAAAAGGGGAUUAUUAUUUAAUUUUA